AUGAUCAUGGGCAAGACGACGUUUGUCGACCCCUGGAAGGCGACGGAGGCGCUGCUCAAGACCGACAAGACAAAGGCCAUUGGUGUGAGCAACUUUAGCAAGGACGAUGUGCAGAUGCUCUUGAGGAAGGUUUCGGUUAGCAAAGAGGCGGCACAUAUGGCCCGCGUCGUCGACCGCCCGACGCUCACCGAGAUCGCAAAGAAGCACGGCAAGACGCCCGUACAGGUGGCGCUCGCGUUGGGCGUCAAUAGCGGGCGGUUCGUAAUCCCCAAAAGCGUCAUCAAGUGGUAG